GGGCAAAUACUCCAGUGGAUGCAAGCUUGGGAUUGUUUAUAAAGCUUUCUUACCAUUAGAGGCAUUCUCUGAUAUUGCUGACGCUGAAACACUAAAAGAAAAUUUGAGAAGCAAUGUGCCUCCUGAAACUUCCAGUAGUUCUCAUUGUGCUCUUGGUUGCACUACACCAUCUGAAAGCUACCCCCAUUGAAAGUAACCAAGUGGAAAAGCGGAAAUGCAACACUGCCACAUGUGCGACCCAACGCCUGGCAAAUUUCUUAAUUCGUUCCAGCAACAAUCUUGGUGCCAUUCUUUCUCCUACCAAUGUGGGAUCCAAUACAUAUGGAAAGAGGAGCACAAUUGAUAUUUUAAACAAGGAACCAUUGAAUUACUUACCCUUUUAGAGGUCAAUGUACCUCUAGAAUUCUUUUUGUUUCAUGUACAAAUAUUCUAGUGAUUUCCUGUGUAAUUUAACAUUAGCAUGAACCUGCGUCUGUAUGUCCCAUGUUUGUUGCCAGUACAUAUAAAUUGUCUUGAAAAGAAUUGUUUUAAAUUUAACACUAAUUAAGGUCCCGUAAUAAGAAGUCAGUAUCUUUAAAAGUGAAGUGUUCUUGUUAUAGAUUUUUAUUUUAAAAACAUUAAAAAGUCACUCUUUAGCUUGUAUUGCUAUGGCUUGAGUUUGAGAACAAAGGAGAAAAUGGUAUUUGGAAACUUGGUAAAUUGUAAACAGCUAAGAGUAAAGUUAAGAACAUUAAAAAACCAGUAAUCAUAAGGACCGUUGUUAAGUAAUUCAUUUUGCAUUCGAUUUCUAAAAUGAGAUAAAAUGCUACGUAAAAAUUUUAAUUAAUUUUUGCUCUUAGUCAAAAUAUUUUUUUGAAAUUAUAUUCUUUGCUGGAUUUGCUGGUACUAGAGGUUAUUUAAAAAUCUUAAAGCGGGGCACCUGGGUGGCGCAGUCGGUUAAGC